GCCAAGCCAUGUGGACAACUCGAUGUGUUCCCCCCCGGGCCACCAGUUCCUCCUGGGUCGGGCGGUCCCGUGGGACCCCUGGGACCCCUGGGACCUCUGGGACCUGUGGGACCCGUGGGACCCGUGGGCCAGCGCUGGUCACUGGCUCCCAGCCGUGCGGCGCGGUGUGGGGCGCUGCGGGAGUGGCUGCGGCAUUGCGGGCCCGAAGCCUCCCACACAGCGCCCAAAGUGGCACGGCAGUCACUGCGGAGGCUCCAGUGACGACUCCAGUCAUCCACAAGUGGCCCAAGCGAGAGAUUCGUGGCUUACUCCAAGAGCUCAAGACCAAGGAGCCCGUGUUGGCCAAGUACUUGGAGUAUGCUGGCGAUCCCUGGGUCACGGACUUUGCGGAGCUGAGACCGCUGAUGGAAGUUCACUUUGAUGAAAUUUCUCAUGCGUCGGUGAGUCAGCUGGACGCCUGGAGAGUCAAGGGAGAGCUGAAGGAGAUCAAUUACCAAAUCCAGCAGCUGAAGCGCGGCCGCUUCUUCGCCUUGGUGGCCUGCGACGUCCACCACUGUGGCUUCGUCACGGGCGCGGGGCUCGCGGUGAAACGGGAAGAUGCCAAGCAGCUGGCAGCCAAACAGGCCUUGGAGCGGCUCUUCUUCCCCUCCGAGCCCCUGGAGGAACUGCGGCGCUGCGCGCUGUCGGUGCGGCAGCACGAAGUGCACGCGGGGGCGCGGAUUCCGGCGAUCCAAGCGGCUGAAACGCUGGCGGUGCUGGGCGAGAAGUUGGAAGAUGUCCAUCUGAGCGCCUUCCAGCCCUGUGGCAAGGCAUGGCAGGCGGCCAUCACCUGCAUGUGUUUGGAGCAUCGCGUCACUGGCCCUUCUGCCGACUAUGAUCGCAAUGUGGCUAUGGCCCUGGCGGGCGAAAUGUUCAUGAGCCGCCUCCGGUGGUACAUGCGCGUGCCCGCGGGGGAUCCCCAUGAGCCUGAGCUUUGGGCCUCCACCUGGGAACAGCGCCGCGAGUCGCUGGGGAAGCCCUGGAGCGGUAGGACCAGCGUGCUGAAGCACGAAAUCCUGCGAUUGCAGCGCUUGGGGAAACAGACAAGUGAUGAGGAUGAAAUUCUGAGACUAUUGCCCAGUGAGUCGCGUUGGAAGACUACUCAGCAAAUCCUGGCAGAUGCUCAAGCCUUACGAUGCCGCCGCCUGGCGGACGCCAACGCGGGGACCGCGGCCGAGGGUGCGGGUGCGAGCCGCACGGUGCAGCGGGACUUCGAGGUGACGCCCAGGGACAAGGAUCCAAGACGCCCAGAGCUGCGCGGAGCACUUCCCAUCGAGCAGAUUAGACCUGACCUGGGUCAAAUUCUGCAAGACACACAAGUCUUGGUUGUCUCUGGUGGGACCGGCAGUGGCAAAACCACCCAGCUGCCGCAGUUCCUUCUGGACGACUGGCGUUCCCCGGACCCACCACGUGUCGUGGUGACGCAGCCGCGGCGCAUCGCCGCCAUCAGCGUGGCGGAACGGGUGGCCUGGGAACGCGGCGGACGCCUUGGGGACACUGUGGGAUACUCCGUGCACGGCGAGAUGGUGAGACCGCAGAGCAGCGAGGGUUCCAUUGAGUACGUCACAGUGGGCACCUUGUUGCGACGUGCUGUGAGCGACAUCACCUUAGAGCAGUGCAACAUGGUCAUCGUAGAUGAAGUUCAUGAGCGCGAUUUGCUCACUGACUUCCUGCUGAUCCUGCUCCGGGAGCUGCUGCCUGCGCGGCCGGACAUGCGGCUGCUGCUGAUGAGCGCCACCCUGGACGUGACUUCGUUUUCGGAGUACUUCAACUGUCCCGCACUGCAAGUGCAAUCGGAGUCUCUCUUUCCAGUGGAAGAGAUUCACUUGGAAGAUCCCUUCUUUCAGGACUUUGUUUUCACCAAUGCUCUUCUCAGCUCAGAGAAGCAGUCCAGGUCUGCUGCAGAGGACAAUGAUGUGGACAUGGAGAAGUGCUUGGACAUCAUGGAUUCGUCGAUUUGCAGCGUGGUGGAGGAGAUGAGCCAAAGGAACCGCAGUGACGUAGGAUCCAUCCUGUGCUUCUUACCUGGUUGGUGGGAGAUCCGGCAGAUGGAGGAAAGGCUGGCGCAGGGAGCGCAGGCCUCGAAGAUCUGGGCCAUUCCGCUGCAUUCCACCCUACCGAAGGAAAGGCAGCAGCAAGUCUUCAGGAAGCCUCCGAAGGGAAAGGUGAAGGUGAUCUUGGGCACCAACAUUGCUGAGAGUUCCGUGACCAUCGGCGACGUGGAAGUGGUCAUUGACUCCGGCUUGCAACGGGAGUUGACCUACGACCCCAAACGUCGUCUGUCGUCCCUGGACACCGUCUGGGUCUCGCAGAGCGGCGCCGUGCAACGCCGCGGCCGCGCGGGGCGCGUGCGCCAAGGGCGGCUGCUGCGUCUCUACAGCCGCGAGCAGUUCGAUGCCUUGCCGUUGCAGCCGUCGCCCGAGAUGCAACGCUGCGAUCUGGCGCAGAGCUGCCUACAGGCGGUGGCCCUGGGUCGUGAUCCCCAAGUCUUCCUGGCGUCGGCCAUUGAUCCACCACCACUGGCAGCGGUCGAGACGGCCAUGGAGCAGUUGGUCGGGAUCCAUGCAGUGGACAAUUCGGAUCCUGACCCAGAAGUUUGCCCCGUGCUGCUUCCUAUUGGGGAAGUACUGGCACGUUUGCCCUUGGAACCACUCCUAGGCCGCGCCGCCCUGCUGGGAUGUAUUCUGGGCAUCCCAGAGCAAUCGGCCGCACUUCUGGUUGCAGCUGGUGGCAGGACGCCUUUCCUGGGCAGUCGCAGGGACCUGGCCGAGGCCCAGCGCGCCUUCUGCGCCUGGUCGGACCCGCUGGCGGCCGCCAAGGCGCUGCUGCAGUGGGAAAGGCUGACGAGCUCCGACCCGGUCGCGGCCAACCAAUGGGCGGAAGAGAAGCACUUGAGCAGCGCCAGAUUGGCCAACCUGUCGCGAGACAAAGCUUUCUUGCUGCGGGACAUGAAGCGCGCCGGCCUCCUCCGCAACGCCGGCGUGUCCUUAAGUGGACCCGUCACCCUUUCGGACGCGGCGGAGACCAGGGAUGCCAGUGCGGAGGUGCUGGAGACCAGGGGAGAAUUUGAGGAGUCGCUGUUGGAAGUGGAGCAAGAGGAGGAUUCGCCUGAAAGCUUGAUCGAGGACGCUGAAGACAGCGAUGCGCUCUUAGCCACCGUCUUGUGCAGCGCAUACCCUGGGAACGUGGCCAUGCGCUCCAAAGAGAACAAGAGGAACUUUAAGCUCAGUAGCUUCGCCGAAGCCAAUAUGUCUCCUGCCUCCGUGAACGCUGACGCGCACGAGACUCAUCCCUGGUGGUUGUACUGCGACGCAGCCUCCACGCAUCGAACCUACAUGCACAGCACCACGUUGAUCCACGAUUGGCAAAUCGCUCUCUUUGGCGGUUUGCGUUCCAAGACAUCCUACGACCAGAAGAUGCACACCUGCAUGACUUUGGAUCAUUGGCUCCAGGUGGGUGGUGUCCUUCGUCGCAGCAACACCCUGCUGUUACAGCUGCGAGAGCAAGUGACUGCGGCCAUCGCGUGGAAGGCAUUGGAUGCCCUGGAAGGAGGGGCUUCCGACGUGGCGCAGGAGGCGCAGCAAGUGGCGGAGACGCUGCGGCAAUGGCUGCGGGUGUUGACCAGGACGCCGCAGAACACGGAGGAUCAGGUGCAGGACGAAAGCCGUCUCGUCUUUGAGGAUGACGUAGAAGAACCAGAGGAGGUGGAAGAAGAACCAGAAGAGCUCGACGAUGAGGAGCUGGUAGAAGAUCUCUCCAAGUUGACGGUGGCGCAGCUGAAAGACAUGCUGAAGGAGAAGGGUCUCAAGGUCAGUGGCCGAAAAAGCGAGCUUGUGAGCCGUCUGAGCGAUGACUAGGAUGAACCCUGGGGAUACCAACACGCCGUCGGGAACAUGACAAAUUGUGGAGUGUCC